AUGGCCAGAUUGAGGGGCAUACAAGUGCUAAUCCAACAAGCAUGCCCACAGAACACGUGGUCCAGCCUUGAAGAAACAGAUUUGGAAGACAGUGUGAAGGAUAUGGCCAAUUCUGCUGCACGCUGGUCAACUGGUGUGGAGGCCUCCUCAGGACUUUUUCGAUUUCUUGUUGUCGUGGAGAAGGGCUUCGAAUGGAAGGGAGCUACUGGUCUUGAGAUUAUCCUUACCUUUGAUGAUGGCUACUUGCUCAACGACUACCGCACGCUCGCGAUUAGACCUGAAAAUGCAUCCCACGACAUGGAUGUGAAUCCAGGUAUCCACCCUAUGAGCGAGCGUCCUCCCGAUGGCUGCUUACAGCUGGAGCUCAGUAAUGUUGUCCUUCCAUGGCCAGAGGAUCUGUCAAGAUCGGAGUAUAGACAGGCAAGUUUCAGCUUUGAGACACUGAAUAGAACACAGAGAGUCACAGGUAACAACUCGAAGAGACGCGAGUCCUUUUCUGACAUAGGCAUGUUGAAAGUGCAGAUCACUCCAGUGUUCAUACGUCCAGCUUCCAAAGACACGCACAUCGCACAUAACUCUAACUCGGAUUACCAGGCGCAUGAGACUUCGCUGAUGAAAGCGAAGCCAGGGGUGAGCUUGAAGGCUGGGCUGCAAUGGGGGAUCAACCCUGUGCAAGGUGUCUGCGCAUACUCAGGCGGGAGUUUUGGCGUUAAGAAACGCACCUUCAUGUUUUUCUAUAGGGAAGAUGGGAGGUAUGUUAAAGUGCCUGAGUCUGAAAUUGAAGUUCAGGACGAAGACGACAGAACCGCUGGUCGAUUCAGGGCGUCCUCCCGAGCGACCUAUAUUCCUGAAGAACCGUCAGAUCAGGCACAAAUGUCCAGUGUUGGGGUUGAACCCAUUCCUUUCGACCCCACCUCUCACGAGAAUGCCAGUGUGACUCCUGAGAACGGUUCGUACUCACAGAUACAUGAGAUAUUACGCGCCUUCGAAAUCGAGAGUGCUCGGAAGAACACAGAGAAAGAGCAGCUUAUUGUAGAAACGCUUGAGGACAGGAAUGCAGAGAUUCGGUCUGAACAGCAAAAGUUACAGGAGCAGAAAGAUGAACUAGUUCGCACAGAGGAUGCAUUGAAGGCAGAGCUAGAGCAGAACAAUAACCGGAUUGAUACAGCGAGAGCACGUCUUCAAGAUGUUCAGGGAGGACGCCCGUCAAUAUCAGUUGACGAAGUCGAACACGUGUUCCAAAUCCUCAGAAAUGAUAGGCAGAGAGAGGCGGAGGAGGAGCUGCGGGAAGUGGAGGACAGUGUUGAGAAAGCCAGGAAGCGACGACGAAGUGCACUGUCGGCAGGAGACCGUCCCUCCAGUCAUCGAGAUAGUGGGAGGUUCGAGGGAAGGUCUCAUAAACCUGGCAAUCGAUGUGACGAGAAGAAGUACAGCAGCAUGAUCUACCAAUACAUCUCCGGCAUCGGCUUCUACAUGUGA